AUGGGCAGUUGUUGCUCAAGUCUGCGCAAAAGAGGGCCCAGAGGCGGAGAAAGGGAGCCCCUACUCCCCCAGUAUGCGCCAGAAGUACCUCCUCAGAGUCAAUUCGACAAGUUUGCGCAAAUCAUCGGUGCAAUUCAAGCAGGAAAAUAUCCCUCACAGGAGCAGAUCAACAAGGCACUGCGCAUGCUACUUGCAUCCGACUUGCUCAAAGCAACAAGCAUCCAAGCUAAUGGACCGCUCUCUGCCCACGGUCGGCGCAUCAUCGAGGAUACGCGCUCAUUAGUGCAAGCCCUUCUUACUGCGGGAAUGGAGAAGAAUGACGACGACAGGAUCCAAGACUUGCUGUGGCAUCUGAGCCAAGUGGAGGAAGUACCGCUGCAGGUGAAUAUCGACGUUGACGCUAAUGCAUCUCUCGGUUUGCAAGAAGGAGCCUCGAGAUUGCCGACCAAUGUCGUUUCUCAAGAAGAACUUGCCGACGAUAUGCGAAAGGCGGCAUCAUCCAUACAAUCUCUCCUUUCGCUCCUCAUGACCUCUCAUGCGUUCCGACUCAUUAUAUCAGACGUCCUGGUCACCGCAAGGGAUAUCCUAGCAGAUGUGGCCAGCGACGUCGCAAAGGUGGCCGCAUUAGUCGAAGAUAGAGCCGAGCAGCUGGAAGAGUCCAUACGCCCGACAGAGGUCGAGCUCGCCUCUGAGAAAGAAAGGCAAGGUGGUGUAGGAAUACCAUCUCUGGAAACACUUGCCAAUCGGGCGGAACCGAUUCCAGAGCGGGUCGCAGAGGUCACCAAGUCCGCGAUACAGGAAACCGAGGCACGAAGGAGAGCCGUCUGGGAUCGGAUGGAGGAGGAAGAUCCUGAUAGGAUCAAGGAAGCUGUUCUCCGAAGAGUUAGAGAGAUUAUCGAACAAGCCCAAGCAAGCCCUCGAUACACAGCUGCGCUCGCGACAAUGGGCUCUCUAAUUCGAAAGUAUGUCCAGAAGCUGUCAAUAACUGCAGCGGCCAUUGGAGAUGCAGUACAAACGACGGCAUCAAGCGCCGAUGCAUCUAUCACGCUCGAACCCCACGUAGAAGCGGAUCCACAUCUGCAUGCCGUACUAGAGGAUCUCAAACUAAUCCUAGAGCGUUUCUCAGGCCAUGGUUUAGAUCUACUUGGAGAGAAACUUGUCAUAUUGGUGAGGGACCUAAGCACAUCAACCGAGUCUGAGGGCGAGAGACUUUCGGAUAUCGUCGAGGAGGCCACGAAAUGGCUCCAUUUUGCUCUCCUCCAUCCGGGCUGGGUGCAAAGUGAAGAAGCCCAAAACGCUGGCAGCAAGCUCUACGAUUCAUUCGUCCAGUUUCUCCAUCGCAACCCACGAUACAAAGCAGAUGCUAGGAGCGCACUCGAGGAAGCGUAUGCGCUGAUAGAUGCCUUUGCUGCAGACAAGACGACCAACUUGCUUCUUUCCGCCAUCCAAACCCUGAUGACCGACUUUGGAAUACUAGGGGCUGUUGGCCCGCAGGUAUUGGCCAUCGAAUCCGCAAAGCAGUGGGAGGUUCUCAAAGCAGAACUUUGGCGAGACAUCCUGGCAUGGAUACUCCCAAGGCUUUUGCGGGCGCUGAAGACAAUUCCUUUACCAAGAGUGGAGCUCAAGAGCGAGACACUUGACAUGGUCAUUGACAAAGUGACUUUAUCUUCACCAUCCUUUAUUCCCGAUCACGUCCAAAUUUCCAACCACACCGACUUCACCCUGAAAGCAUCCGAUGCAACGCCGGACAGUUUCUUUGAAACGGCAACUUCGACACAAACAAGAAUCAAGAUUGAUGGCCUACGUAUUUCCGUGGAGGAUAUUGCGUACUAUAUCAAUGCAAAGGGACCUUUAUGCCUCGGUUGGCUCGACAAUGGUCUCAUGACUGUUGAUGUAGGAGCGAAACGGGUCGAGGGAGACGGUAUCUCACUACUGUUGGAUAUCGAAGUCCCUUCGCAAGAAAAUCGGGAGACGGCAGAUAUAUUCAGAGUAUUGGAUGCAAAGGUGGGCGUACCUGGCUUGGCCUUUAGGAUGGAGCGAACACGCCAUUGGAUCUUCAAUGCGCUGGUCACGCAACCACUCCUCGCGCCAUUGGUCAGGACUGGGGCUUCUCUCGUCCUUUCCACCCAGAUCAGGGCAGGACUCGAAGCUAUGAAUGCAGCCUUAUGCAAAGUGCGAGAUCGAGCGGUCACUCGACAUGGGCCAGAUCCAUCUGUGGAAGCCUAUUUGGAUGCACUCGCGCAUCCUGAUGCACCCCGCCCGAGCACGCCGUCUUCGGCAAGCUCCGCAAGGUCUUCAUCUCCGACUGCAGACCACACGUUUGUCGAAACAGAGGUGACGACCAAAGGGAUUAUCCGGACGACCGUUCAAGAAAACGAGCGAGGGGAACCACAGACAGAGACGGUUCUCGCUGUGGGUAUUGGAGAGCAAAUACUUCCAGGGAUAGGGGGGCCUGAACCUGAACCUGCACCGACGCUCGUGGAACAAGGGAGAGAGGCCCUGGAUGAGCUCGAUGGCGCGCGACAGCUAGCUAAAGACACGGCCGACGAGGUUCGUGAAGCUCGGGAGACGGUGCAGACACGGGUCGCAGCUGCUGGGGAGAGAAUGAGACGGACAAGGUCGAACCUGGCGAAGAGAACUGGCUGGAGAAGUUCUGCAUUUGACGUCUGA